UACAUGGAUUGUGUAGUGCUGUUGACUCAGUGUACGGAGUGAAGUGUCCAGCUUCAGUUGAAAUCUGUAAUCUGCUUCGACCCAGCGUAACAUUGAAGAAACAUAUUUUCAUAAGGGAAAGCGUCAAUCAGAAACUUCCUAGCCUCGAGUUGCUCCAGGGAUUUCUAGAGGCUGUAGAAGUGAAAAUGUGUGAGAGUGCUGACGCACCUCCGACGUCUACCAUCAUGGAAACGUCGACGUACUCGCAGGUUGUCUUCAGCGAUGUCCCUCAAUCUUACCCUCCAAACAUCCCCGUGAAGUGCGGCUAUGCUAUGACCGCCGCCUUCCAGCCUCAUCGAAGAGACUGGGUGGGCAUUUUCAAGGUGGGCUGGAAUACCACAAGGGACUACUACACCUUUGUGUGGGCCACACCCUCUGCUGACCCCAUGGGAGAGGAGCCACUGGGACAGCAUGUGAUGUUUGAUGCAUAUUACCUGCCUAAGGAGGACGGAGAGUUCUACCAGUUCUGCUAUGUGGACAGUAGCGGUCAAGUGAGGGGUGCCAGCAUUCCCUUCCGCUUUGAGAGCCCACCCGAAUCCAGUCUGGAGUACAGCAUGGGGAGUGAUCUGCUGGUGAUCACCACACAGGAGCAAGUGGAGCAGGUAGAGAAGGAGAAGGAGGAGCUGCACAAGGAGAUGGAGAAACAGAAGGAGACCGUCGAGAUCCUGAGGUCUGAGCUUGACGAGAGACUGCUGGAGAUCCGGCGCCUCAGGGAUUCCAACACGGAGCUGGCUGAGUCGGUGGGCAGGCUGGAGCAGGAGCAGGCCCAGAGCAAGAAGGAGAGGGAGGAGGAGCGGGAGCUAUGGGCCCAGCAGCAGCAGAGGGAGAGGGAGACUCUGCUCAGUCAGCAGGGGGCGAUACAAGUGCAGCUGGCCCAGAGCAGCAUGGGGCUGGAGUUCCAAAGAGGGAAGGAGGAGCUGCAGCAGACUGUGUCCACCUUGCAGGAGAAGUAUGAGCGUGCUGUUUCUAAAAUUUCCCAGCUGAAGCAAGAGCGAGAUGAGCUCAAGGAAAAGGGAGAAGCACAGGAAGUUGAGAUCACUCAACUGAGUUCCAGGGUCAGAGAGCUGGAGCAGGAGAAGCAGCAAGGCCAUGAGGAGCUGUGCAAACUGCAGGAUAACAUCCAGCUGCUGCAGGUGGACCUCCAGAGCAGCCAGAAGGAGUGUGUGAAGCUGGCUGGAGAGCUGCGGGGCCUGCGUGUGCAGGCAGACGAGGCGGAGGGGCUGCGGCGGGAGAACCAGGCCCUGCAGAGGACCCUGUCAGGGCAGGAGGAGCACAAGAGAGAAGACGAUGGCAGACAGGCACAGUGUGAGGCUCUUGCCAGCGAGCUGCAGGAGGUCAAAGCCAAGCUUUGCCAGGAGAAGCGGAGCAGUGAGGAGGCACGCAGACGUGCAGAACAGGCCCGGCAGGAGCUGCAGGAGGCCAAGGAGGAUCUGGAGCAGAGGAUCAUAUCCUUCCAGCAGAAGGAAAUGAUCAACAACAAAGUUGAGAUCCAGCUUAUGGAAGCACGACAAACCAUAGCGGAGCAGGCCAACAUUGUGGAAAUUGUUCAAGGGGAGAAGAAGGAGCUGUCCCAGGAAAACCAGGACCUAAGGAGAGAUAACCAAAGACUGCGUGAUGAGCUGGCCCACCUCCAGGCUGCCUCCCCGCCUGCCUCCAUCCCUCUGCAGUAUCCUAACCCUUACUCUCCACAGUCCGUUCCCUCUGGCACCCAGUCCCCGGGAACUGGCUCCCUUCUCUAUGAGAACGUCGUGGAUACCCCAGCUAUUCAAGACACAGCAGAAGAGCUGAGGGUGUGCCGAUACUGCCAGGAGAUCUUCCCAGAUAUCAGCCAGCAAGAGUUGGAACAACAUGAGGGGAGCCACAAGGUUUGCCCCUUCUGUAUGUUCAUCUGUGACUCCAUGGAGCAGCGUGAGUUUGAGGAGCAUGUCUACAGCCACGAGACCUAGGGUGCCCCCUGGAGUCUUGGAGGUGUAGAGAAGAUUGCACAGCAACUGGAGUCAGGAAGUUUGAAAGUAGUUAAUUAGACCAUUUUGUUGAUAUUUAACCCAUUUAUUAGUGCUUGCCACUGAAAUUAAUUUUUGCUACUCUUCUCUGCUUAUUCAAAUAUUUAAUCUAUGAAUUUUUCUGCUGAUGAAUAGAGUAUGAAUAUGCCUCUGUCCUUUUACUCUGUUCCUUGGCUUCCUUGAUCUGAGCAGGUCCUGUAUAGGUAUCAAGCAGGUAGGCACUGCUGCAGGGUAGUUUUUGAAACCUUGCUCAAGGUAAAAAUAAAUUCAGAGUAGGGUAAUUGAUAACAUUUGUACAAUACAUUUUGUACAUUUUUGCAAUAUUGGAAAAAACAGUGUUCUGAGUAGUAAUCAGAAAUAGGAGUCUGUAAUCAGGAAAAUAGUAAUCAAAAAAUAGAAUCUACUAUUUUUAUUACAAUUUUAUUUUUCUUAAAAGGUUUUUGCCAGAUGUCAAAACCUAAUCUCCUGUUAAAGAAGUGUUGGCCUUGGAAUUGUUAAUCAAAUAUGUGAAUUUUAUCAGAGGAAAGCUUUUUUUUUCUCCACAAGCUCAGAGGCCUAAAUUUGGAUAAAUUGGAAAAUUGUUGGAGUCCACAUUUAUGGGUAUUUAUCAAGAUAAUGAUACUUUCACCCCUUUGUCCCACUUUAUCCACUUAAUAAUUGAUCUUUGGUUAUAUUUUUGGAGCCGUGUUUCACAUGUAAAUCAUGUCACAAAUCAAUGUUUUACAUAUACAGCAUAUGGAAAAAAAAGUUUUACAUGCACAACUACAGUGCUGUGUUUCCAGGACAACAUGGUCAUGCUGUUGAAUGGUGUACCAGAAAGUUUCUUUCUGUAUGCUGUACAAACACAGUUUAUGUACUACCGUAAAUAUUUGUUUUAUUAUCUGUAUACUGUAUAGCAAAGUGCUGCGUAAGUCUAUGUAUGUGUGGAAUAUUGAAUCAUACAAAGAAUGGGGUUCAGUCUAAGAAAUUAAUGAAGGGUCCUCACCCCCAGGUAUGCUAGAAUGAAUGGAAGUGCUAAAGUAAUACACUGAAAUGCUUAACUUGUUCCUAUACAACAGUAACCUAUCUGCCUUGAAACGUCUGUGCCAUUGUGUUGCUUUCCCUAUGUAUUGUAGUCUGAAAGAUUGUGAGUGUUAAGUAAAGGUCUGACAAAAAUGUACUUCCUUCAUUUAAUCGGUAUAUUGAUGUAUACAGGGUAGCUGUCUCUCUGUAGUAGUGGUAAAAAAUAGGUACAAUUGGCACCACAUCAUAAAUUAUCCACAUUCUGCUAUCUGCAGUUUGCAUGCUGUUUUCAUUAUUUAAUCAUUCUCAGCUGAUUAGACUACAAAACAUGAUUAUCCUCUCUUCAGUUUCUCCUGUUGUCUGUAAGACAGGGGCGUAUUAGUGAGUGAUGUAGAGAAAUAAAUAUUCCUGCAGUCUCUCAGUUUUGAAAUUUUGUUUAGAGUGCCAGGCGUACAAGACAUUGUAAGAUUGGGUACUCCUCAGUGUGUUCUUGUACACAGUGGAAUGUUAAAGAGAUACCACAAUCAAAAUUGUAUUUCACAGAUUAUAAAUGGUAAUGGUAAAUAACCUAUUUUACCAGCAUCAAUAUUGAGAUACUACAGGUUUGUCCUUCUUUUUUCUUCGGUUUUUUUUUCCAUAUUUUAUCAUAGUGUGUUCUCUUCAUUAUAAUCAUUAGCAUGUAUUUUAGGCAACUUGAAGAUGGUUAAAUAUAAAAUAAAUAUUCAUCAUUAUCUUUAUUAGAAAUGGAAUCAUAUACAACAUUGUAAGACAGAGCAAAGCUUCAAUGAAAUUAACUGGAUAUAAGAUAUUCCUUUUGACAAAGAACAGAUCUAUGUCCUUUAUAUCAUAGAAUACAUACCAUAUACUGUAUAUUUUAACGUUGUAACCAUUUUCAAUUAUUGUGCAAUAGCGACACCUAAUGAUUAAGGUGGAUGAUACAUGUUUUUUUCCCCACAAUGGCACUUCGGUUGCACAUUAUUUUGGUAAAGUAAAAGACGUGCUGUCGGUAGAA